CUUGUCAUGAGAAGUGCGAGUAUAAACAUUAACAUUGAAUUGAACUAACGUAUCGUCAACGAAUGAUUGCAGUGCAUAUAAUUAACAUUGGUUUGACAUUGUUUGCAAUUGACAUUGUAUGAUGCCAUGAAAAAUAAUAUCUUUUUGAGUGGUUCUUCAUUUCUCACUCCGUGUGCGAUCAAUAUUACUCGGUUGUGGUAUACUGAGUCGAUCCAUUGUCUAACAGUGUCACUCAUCAUGGUGAUAAUAUUCAUCAAUCGAACGUAUUAUCAAUUUUAUUACUGCAACAAAUAGCAUUAAUAACAUAAGUUAUUGAUUUAUUGUUGGUGAUCGUCAUAGUGAACGACGGUAACGACGACAGUGUAGUGACAGUGGCGACGACGGUGGCGGUGACUGUGACGGUGGCGGCAGCGACAGUGGUGGUAGAAAUAGCUGUGGCGGUGGCGGUCGAAUGGCGGUCGCGGUAGCGAUCGUGAUAGCGAUUGUAGCGACGAUAGAAACGAUAAUAUCAAAGACAGUGAGGAUAGAAACGAACAAUAGUGAUAACCAAAUUCACGAAACAAUGAAUAUGCAUUAUUUGAGGAAAUAUAUAACUCGUAUUAAAAUAAUAUGAAAGAUGAAAAAAUAUGCAAAUGAAAUCAGCAAAAGGUAGAGAAAGAAAAAGCAAUCGCGAAUAAUCGUGUUUCGUUCAAAGUGUUUAUAAAGAAUUUUUAAGAAAACGAAUAAAGUGUGAUAAAUGGAAAAUUGAAUAAGAAUAAGAUAUCUUAAUUAUAUAAACUUAUUCAAAGUGGCAUAAACUCGUUCAAGAACGAAUUAUCAUGUACAUGGAAGCAACAUUGCAAUGGACAAUAGAUUGCGGAUAAUAGUCAAAUCGUUGAGUUGAAUAUAAUAUUACAGCAAGGGGAAUAGACAUAGAAAAAGACACAUGAACGGGUUAAGCUUGCUCUCGAUUCGCGUGCUAAAAGAGAACGCAUUGGCUAAAAUGAACACUUUAUACUUUUCCUUACUUAGUGCUAUUUUUCUCUUAUAUAUCAGAAAUAUGUGCUAAAUGAACAAUACUUCGAUUAAGAGUGGCAAAGUGAACGCAUGUAAGUUUCUUAUAUUGUGGAUGUAAAUACAUCUGUAUUAUGAAUUGUACAAAAUAGCGUAGUAUGUUACAAGUUGUCUCGAAAAUUUCAUACAACGAUCGAAUCUGUUUUAUUCUCUUGACUCUUUUCAUAUACUAUAAAAAUAAUGGAGACAUUAUUACCCGGCAAUACGAACAAUCAAUCGUAUAGCCCGCAAUUGAAGACCGUCUUAAAGACAUAUCAAUUAUCAGCUGUGAAAAGUUUACAGGGUCCGAGUUCGGCCCUGCUUGGUAUGGACUGCAAAAGUCUAUUACAAGAACAAACACCUUGUUACUCUCCUUCAAACCGGUCGAGUAAUUGUGCCAUUGAUUCAGUAUCAGAGCAGAUUUCAAUAAAAGAUCCUGAAAAGGAUAAUAAUUCAUCUAUAGCACCCAUCAGGCCUUGUAAAAUACGCAGAACGGAUCAACCGCUGGAAGAUUCAGAUGAAGAUCCGCAAUUGGAACGGUCGAAAAACAUUUGCGAAAAGAGAGAAUUAGAAUUUCAAAUACCUAUCUUAACAGCACCUGACCAAAGUUGUUCUGAAAGAUGUGAAACAAUUUUAGAAGGCGAAAGAAUAUCAUGUUUUGUUGUAGGGGGCGAAAGGAGGUUAUGUUUACCACAAAUAUUAAAUACGGUCUUGCAAGAAUUUUCCCUUCAUCAAAUUAAUCAAGUUUGCGAUGAAUUACAAAUUUAUUGCUCACGAUGUACACGAGAUCAGUUAGAGGAACUUAAGCAUUCAGGAAUUCUGCCGCGCAAUGCUCCUUCCUGUGGCCUUAUCACUCAAACAGAUGCUGAAAGACUUGUCAGUGCUUUACUUUUACGGACAGAAUCAUGUGAUCCUUCUCAAAUUGGUCAAACCCAAGAUAAUAUUGAAAAGAAAGUGUGCACUAAAAAUGAUAAUGAUGAAGAAUCUAUUGUCAAAUUUAAGGUGUAUCAUGAGUGUUUUGGAAAAUGUAAAGGCAUUUUUGAUCCAAGUUUAUUUGAAUCUGAUGAUUCGGUAUGCAUAGAAUGCAUUGAAUGUGGUUGUCAAUUUUCACCUCAACGUUUCGUUAGACAUGCUCAUAGAUCUCUUGAAAAUCGUACCUGUCAUUGGGGCUUUGAUUCUGCAAAUUGGCGAUCAUAUCUAUUACUUUCACGAGAUCAAGAACACUAUAAUAAAUCACUUACUUUAUUUCGAGAAUUGAAAGAAAAACAUCUUAGAUUGAGUUCCAAGCGAAAAUCAGAGCAUGAUUCAGAAAAAUUAAAACGAAUUAAGAAAGAUAUAGGAAGAGAAGAUUGCCCUGCAAUUUAUAAUGGAAAUGGCUUAGGCAUAUAUCAUCCUGUAUCACAAGUAGCUAAUGCAACUGAUCCAUAUCUACAAAUGUCAUGGGCAGUUUUUGAAUUAGCAGCUAGAGGAGCAUCAGCUUUUAGACCAUGGAAUACUACAAAUACAUGCAAGCAUAAAGAUAAUUCAUCAUUAGUGCCUGCAUAUCUUAGUCGUGGUCCACCUGUACUACAACAUCCAGAACAUGUGGUUCCUCUUUCUGAAUGUAAACGUUUUGAACCACAUUUUCAACCAAAUGUAGCCUUAGCACCUAUACCUGCACCAUCUGUGCCUGUAGUACUUCCACCAUCUGCUCAUCAUCAGCGGCGACAUCAUCAUGAACAUAAACGUUAUAAUCAACAUUCAUCAAGUUCUAAUGAGAAGAAAGAUAUUUUAUCAGAUAAUAUCAAAUCUGAGAAAACAUCUCCUAGUUCUGGAUCUAGUAUUGGCGUAUAUUCUGCAUUCCCUUCUUAUGAGUCUGGAAAUAAUCAAAAAGAACUGCCUCAUAAACCUAAACAAGAAAUUGGUGAAGAAGAAGAAAGUAGUGCUGCUGUAACAUCUUCUACAAUAAAUAUAGAACCACCUUUGGCUGAAAUUGGAACUUCUUCGCUAGAAAGUGAUUCUGAUUCUGAAGGAACAGCAGCAAUAGAUUUAGAAGAAAGGUUGUUAGCCUUGGAAGUACCACAAGAUGUUCUGGAGUUAGCACGGCGUAUAGUUUCAGAAAAUGCACAAUUACGACGCCAUCGACGUUCAGACGCACGCGAAAUAUUACGAUUACGUAAUCAAUUGCAAAUGCAACAAAUACAAUCAUCUAAUGAUGGUGAUAAAAAGGAGGAACCAGUGAACGCAGCAAGUGCAGCAGAUAGCACAGAAGGUAGUGAAGAAACAGAAGCUAUAUUGCCAUCAAAUAAUAAAGAGUCUGAACCUGUUGUUCUAGCUGUUAGUAAAGAAUAAAAUUAGUGAUUAGAGUUUUUUAAAUUAUUUAAUACAAAACUGCUCAGCAAUUUUUUGCAAUGCUCAUCUUUUAUCAGAUAAGCAUGCAUUAAAUUUAAUAAUAGCUAUAAUGAUAAUGAUAAAUUCUAAAUAAAUAAAAACUGUUUAGGUUAUGUGAUAAAUAGAAAGCCUUUAACGUUGUAAUCAUUAAUUUGAAAUUUUUAUUGUAAUCAUAUUUCGAUUAUAACGAUUUUAAUUAAAAUCGAAUGUAGA